AUGUAUACUCGCCUAGAGGACCAGGAACCCAAGGGCCUGGCGACACUAUGCUAUGUGAUCUUCCUCGGCACGUUCGAGUGGGGUAUGGUGAUCCCCACGCUGUGGCCCUUGCUGCAAAGAAUGGGCUCCCCUGAGAUGUAUUUUGGGCUUGUGAUUGGCACCUUCUCGCUGACUCGAGUAAUUUGCCAGCCGAUUAUCGGAGCUUUGGGAGAUCGCUGGGACUUCCAGGUGCUGCUGUGCAGCUGCCUGCUUUGUUCAGCAUUGGGAGGCUCGGGCCCGUGGGCUACGGUCGAGGCAGCCUACGACAAAAUCUCUGCGAAUUUUGCAGAAAGCAGGCAUGUUCAGUCAGCCCUGGAUUUGGGCUUCCGCCGCAUCUUUGCCCUGGACUUGUCCGAGGGCAUGCUCCAGGCAGCUCAACGGCGGCUCGGAGACAGCGGAGAAAGCGUGGUUUUCUUGCAUGGCGACACCAGGCGUGUGCCCUUGCCAGAUGAAUCCGUCCAGGAUGUCCUUUCCUGUGCGGUCUUGCACCACCUGCCCCUGGCGGAGUCCAGAGCUGCCUUGCAAGAUUUCAGACGCCUGCUUCGGCCAGGGGGACGGCUCCUGGCAUCCUGCUGGGAUCCUCGAGCAAAAGCUGUGGCGAAGCGAGGAAAGCCCGCGGAGGACGGCAUCGAGGCUCAUGCUUACUGGGUUGCCUGGCGGUGUGCAGAUGGAAGCGAUGUCCAACGAUGGUACAACUUACCGCCGUUGGAGGUGAGGCGGCAAAGUUGGAGUGACGUACCGGGCCUUCUCCUCGAGAGAGUGGAGCUUGAUGGAGACAAUCAGGUCUUCGAGUGGCGCAAACUCCCAGAGACCGGCUCCUGA